AUGCCUAUGGCCCACGCCUCUUUAUCGGUUAUCCGUCGCAAACGGAGGUUUCUACGCUGGUGUCGGCGCCGGGCGUCGAUCCAGGUCUUCACUGCUCCCACGGCUCGCUCACGAACAAGUGGGGCUGGUUUCGUGCAGGGUCUGCUGGCACUAGUCUCAUUCUCAGCGCUAAUAUUUAAGAGGUUUUGUGAGCCAAAAUCAGCGAGAAGACCAUGGCUAAUAUGGUUUUACGAUACUUCCAAGCAGGGCCUGGGAGCACUGCUCAUACAUUUUGCCAACGUCCUGCUCUCUGAUGCCUUCAAGGGCGACCCCUGUACUUGGUACAUCGUUAGCUUCCUGCUGGACUCCACGCUGGGUCUGGUCAUUAUCUACCUGGGGCUCAAGGCUUCGCAGUGCGUGUUCGUGCGGAUGCUGGGAUGGAUGAAGUUUCAGCUAGGCGCUCCUGAUGUGGAACUCGCGAGGGUUCUUGGGUGA